AAAGGAACUGGGAAGACUCGACAUGACAAUUUGGUACAAAUGGUGGAACUGGAUGAGGGAUGUGAUGAAUUUUUUUGGUCUUUCACGGAGGACAAUGAAAAUAAUUUUUCUUGGCUUGGACAACGCUGGCAAGACGACGUUAUUCCGAAUGUUGAGAGACAACAUGAUGAUUCAGCACACUCCCACAUUACAUCCAGAUAGAGAUGAGUUUUGUCUUGGUGAAACAACUUUUUUGGCCGUUGAUGUUGGAGGCCACGAACAAGCUCGUCGUUUGUGGCGUGAUUACUUUUGGGAAGUUGACGGGAUUGUAUUUAUCAUCGAUGCUUCAGACAAAGAAAGAUUUCGAGAAGCGAAAAAGGAAUUAGAUGGUUUGCUUCGUGAGCCGAUGACAGAGAAAUGUCCUUUGCUCAUUCUUGGUAACAAAAUAGAUAUUUCAACAGCUGCCAGUGAGGAACAUAUUAAAGAGUAUUUCAAUCUCUACCCACAUACAACUGGAAAGAAAAAUGAGAAAUACGCAAACGACAGCAAAAUGAGAGCGGUAGAGAUAUUCAUGUGCAGUAUCUUGAAGAAACAGGGCUACGGCGAAGGAUUGCGCUGGCUCGCAGACAAGCUAUGAAAUCUUGGAAUAUACUACAAUAUGGUGUCAAAUUUCAAAUGCUGAGGACAUGGUGUUGUUAUGAGACAUCGUGUUUUUAUCCAAUAAUGAAGAUCAAAGAGUAUAUACAUCAAGAAUUCUUUCAAAAUACAGGCUCCCAAACUCACUGAUUUAAUUUGACCAUCAUUUGAGGGAGAAAGAUAAUUAUUGUAAAACGACUUAAAACAUGAUAGCGGUAUUUAUCGAGAAUAUUUCUUAUGCGUAUUUCUUUGAAACAGGUACGCCUUUGAUACAGACAUACAUCGUGUUAUGCUUAGUUAUAUAUGCUUGUAAAAUGUAAAUGAGUAAACCGUACUUCGGAAAUUAGUACUGAAAAUUCACAUGAUAUGUACUUUGCAUGCAACUAUUCUAUAUA